AUUGUCAUGAUUCCAAAGGUCGAGAAUCCACAAAAAAUAGAAGAAUACAGACCCAUCUCGCUCAUUGGAGUCAUGUACAAAAUUAUUGCAAAAUUACUUGCAAAUCGCCUUCGGAAAGUGCUUCCAAAGAUCAUUGGGGAGCAACAGAUGGCAUUUAUCGGGGGCAGACAGCUAGUGGACGGAGUUGUGAUAGCAAAUGAAGUCAUUGAAGAGAUUAAGAGGAAGAAGUUGAAAAGCUUCCUAUUCAAAGUUGAUUUCGAGAAAGCUUAUGACAAGGUCUGCUGGGACUUCAUUGAGUACAUGAUGAUGAGAAUGAUAUUUAAUGCUACCUGGAGAAAAUGGAUAUGGGAAUGUCUAGCAUCAAGCUCAGUGUCGGUUCUCAUUAAUGGAAGCCCAACAAAUCAAUUCCUGGUCAGCAAAGGGUUAAGACAAGGAGACCCGCUAUCCCCUUUCCUAUUCUUAAUUGUGGCAGAAGGACUUAAUGGGCUAAUGUCCUCAGCAGUGGAGAAACAACUAUACAAAGGCGUGAUGAUUGGUAACGAAGGAGUCGCGGUCUCACACCUACAAUUUGCGGAUGAUACUAUCUUCUUUGGAGAGGCAUCGGAAGACAACAUUGGGGUUAUUAAAAGCAUAAUGAGAACAUUUGAGCUGAGUUCUGGUCUUAAAAUCAAUUUUGGCAAGAGCCAACUAAUAGGGAUAGGUGUUGAAGAUAACUGGAGAAAAAAGAUGGCUUAUAAGCUGUGCUGCAAGGAAGGGGAGAUCCCAUUCAACUAUCUGGGGAUCCCAAUAGGCGGAAAUCACAAGAGAAUAGCAAUGUGGCAGCCAAUGGUUGAAUCUUUUAAAAAGAAGCUUGCUACUUGGAAGGGUCGGCAUCUAUCCUUGGGAGGUCGCAUCACGCUCAUUAAUUCAGUAUUGUCCAGCCUUCCUGUGUUCCUCAUGUUGGUCUACUUAAUCCCGAAAGGUAUACUCUAUUCCAUUGAUAAGAUUCGUAGAAGCUUUUUAUGGGGUGGGGGUGGGGAAGAGAGAAAAAUAAAUUGGGUUAGUUGGGUUAAGGUGUGCAAAAAAAGAGAGGAUGGCGGACUGGGAGUGAGAGAUUUGAGGAAGUUUAACAUGGCAUUAAUGGGUAAAUGGUGGGGACGCCUUGCAGAAAAUAAGGAGGGACUGUGGAAGAGAGUAGUUGCAGGGAAAUAUGGAGAGGGAGGGGGUCAUUGGUUGGACUGGAUAAAAGGAUAUAGAGGAGUAGGUUCGCUAUGGUGGAGAGAUGUAUGCUGCCUGGAUAAAAUAGAUAGAGGGAGAGCAGGAUGGUUGAUGGAGGGGUUUAAAACAAAGCUAGGGGAUGGCAAGAGCAUUAGUUUUUGGUGGGAUAAUUGGAGCGGGGAGGGCUAUCUUGCUAACAAAUUCCCUAGACUGUAUUUAUUAUCAACAGGAAAGGAGAACACAUGCUACCAAAUGAAUAAUGAUAGGGCGGAACCAGGGAGAUGGAACCUCAGAUGGAGAAGGGAACUAUUUGAAUGGGAAACCGAAGAGGCUAGAGAACUUCACGAAGUGUUAGAAGACAAGAUGAUCACACAGGAAAAGCCUGAUUCGUGGGAAUGGGUCCAUGACAAAGAAGGACAGUACUCAACAAAAACAGCCUACUCAAUCCUAACAGAAGAAAAGACAGGUGCAACUGAUAGUUCGAUGUGUAAAAGAAUUUGGAACCCCAACUUCCCAAGCAAAGUUUCAGCCUUCAAUUGGCAGCUAUUGCUAAACAAAAUUCCAACAAAAUCAAAUUUGAUUACUAGAGGGAUUCUCAAAGACUCGGGUGAGGGAAAAUGCAUCCUUUGUAAUGAGGAAGAUGAAGACUUUACACACCUGUUCUUAAACUACAAAACAACUAGAUGGGUGUGGCAGGAGUGCGCUAAAUGGUGGGGGAUUGAGAUUCUAUUGGAGAAGGACUGUUGGAAAUCUUUUCAACUAUUUGGGAAAGGGAGCAAAGACCCUCGGCUAAGGGAAGGCUGGGACUGCAUUUGGAGCAAUGUAAUAUGGGCAGUGUGGCUUGUCCGAAAUCAAAGGAUUUUCCAAGACAAAAAAAUUGACCGGGGAAAGCUGCUGGAAACUAUACAAUUGAGAUCCUAUCAAUGGGUCACUGCAAAAUGGGACAGGUAUGCCUUUACCCUCUCAGAUUGGCUAAUUAAUCCAGUAGAAUGUCUUAAAGGCAUCCAUGCUGGUAGGAAAAAGAGGGACUAAUGAGGAGAUAUCGGGCUGCAUAAUUUUUGCUUAGUAUAGAAAUUGAGUUGGGUCAUGUUGGCUACUUUGAGCAGCUCUUGACUAUAGUCUACUCCUUAAUGGAUUGAGUGGUUAAGUAGAUGUAGUCAAUGCAUGCUCAAUGAUAUGAUUGCCAGUGGACUUCAAUAUUGGGAAGAUUUUUGUUGUUCUGAACAGGGAGCUAUGAAGAGUAUGCAAUGGUGGAUUGAUUUUCGCCACGGGUAUAGUGUCGACACUUUUAGUGGGUGUCGACACCUUGCUAUUUCACUCAUGGGAAUGUAAGCUCUCCAAACAGUAUUGUUAUGGGUUUGGGGCACCCCUUGUACUCCGCUUAUUAAUAAAUAUAUCUAUUGCCG